CUUCAUCUUCCCCAGUCCAUGAUAUAGCCGAUUUAUAGUCCGUAGACCAGCAUAACAAUCGCUCUUGGAACACAUUCUGGACAAUUGCCUUGACCUUCACGUAUACAGCACACAUUGUUCAAGUAUUGCAGAUCUUGCUCUCACUCCAUCUCACCACCUCCUCAACCAUGGCAGCUGCCGCCAAAUCGUCGGCGAUCAUACGCCGUUCAUUGCUCUAUGUGCCAUCGUCUUCCCAAAAGAUGUUAACCAAGUCCGUUGGAUUCAAUUCGGAUAAUGUCACGUACGACCUCGAGGACUCUGUCACCCCGUCCAUGAAGCCUACAGCCAGAGACCAACUCAAGUCUCACUUGAGUGGCAUCUCAUCACGCCCCAAAGGCAUCGGCGAGCUGGCCGUCCGUAUCAACGCGGUCUCGACUCCAUUUGCGCUCCAGGAUCUCUCAUCUCUAGGCUCGGUCUCAGCCGUAGACGCCGUCGUCGUGCCCAAAGUCGAAUCUGCCGCCGACUUGAGCUUCGUAACCGAUGUUCUGCGACACGUAGCUCCAGAGCGCCAUGAAAAAGAUUCCAAGAACCCUAUCAAAAUCAUAUCACUGAUCGAAUCUGCUAAAGCUAUCAUGGAUCUGGGCUCAAUCUGCAGAGCCUGCCCGUACUUGAGUGGCUUGAUCUUCGCAGCCGAAGACUUUGCGCUUGACCUGUCCAUCACACGCACACCAUCGUUGACGGAGUUCUUGUAUGCCAGAUCAGCCAUCGUCACCGCAGCGCGCGCAGCAGAACUCCCAAGCGCCAUCGACCUAGUAUGUACUUCUUUCAAGGGCGAGGAAGGAAUAAGGAGAUUGGAAGAAGAAUGCCGUGGCGGUAAUGCCAUGGGGUUCAACGGAAAGCAAUGCAUUCACCCUAGCCAAGUGGAGACUGUCCAAAAAUUCUAUGCGCCAUCCAAAGAGGAAGUCGAGUGGGCAGUAAGGAUAUCGAUCGCGGACGGAAAGGCUGUCAAGUCGGGCCGAGGCGCCUGGACACUCGACGGGAAGAUGAUCGAUGCUCCUGUAGUCGGUAAAGCUCACGCCGUUGUGGCGAAAGCUGAGAGGUGCGGAUUCGACGUACAAGAGCUCAAGUCGAAAUGGCAAGACCAGGAACCAGAGUGAGUGGUGCCAAGGUCUGUGGCAACA